AAUUUAGUUCACUUCGCGACGUGAAUCUAAAUUGUUUGGUAACAGAACAACGUUUGUGUCCGUUUCAAAGAUAAGAAUCACUCCUUCUACUCUGACGAUGUGUCUAGCCUUAAGUGCCGGCUUGUUUAUAGAAAUUCAAUAAAUGUGUGCCAAUCAUUUAUAUAUACCUAAAUAUACAUAUCCUUUCUUCCAACACAGUCAAACAACUUUUCGCAUUAUUUCUUGCUCGUCUUCGUCAUAUUCAAUCGAUAAAACAAUAAGAGCAAAUGAAAUUUAAUAUUUUUUUUUUCAAUUCAGUUUCUAUUUAGAAAAUAUCCUUUGUGAAAAAAAUAAAAAACAAUUCUGUCAAACCGUAAUAAUUGUGUUCUGACCGCAAAAAAUUUUGUUUUAUAAAAAUAAAACAAAAACAACUUCUAGAUAUAUUAUGUACGUUUACGUAUAUGAAGUGUAAACGUGGCAUUUGUGGCGCCCCCUUUUUUUAAUGUUGUCGUCGUAGUCAUCGUCCUCGUGCGGUGUUUGUUGUUUAUGUUGAUGUAGUUGUUGUGUUGAUAUAGUGUCCUCUUUUGGAAAUGUUUAAAUGUGCGGCCUGUCUCUCCUCUAAGCACGAAUGCUAAUGUAUAUGUAUAGGAAAUGAGUUUUUGCGAUGUUGUUAUGCUUGUGCUACUCAAAGGUCCUUGCCCUGUGUAAACAGAUCUAAUUGGAUACGCUUUUGUCACCAUUGAAGAUACAAAAUCUUGUUAAAGCCUUGUCAUCAUCCUGCAGCAACAACGGUAAUGACAUCAUAUAGCUGAGCAAAUAAAUUGCAUCAAUGUUGAGGAUUAACUUAAAGUAUAACAGCGCAUUUUUCGCCACCAAUUGGCCCCGCUGAUGGUUUCCUGUUGUAAGGACACACAGACGAGUGCACAAUUGAAGGUUUCAUCCUUUAAACAGCAAAUGCACCAUGGGAGCAACUUCAUCCUCACGAACAGACGCCAGUUUGCUUUCCGAUGAAGAUGUCAAUUUUGAUCAUUUUCAAAUUCUGAGGGCCAUCGGAAAGGGAAGCUUUGGCAAGGUUUGUAUCGUUCAGAAACGUGAUUCGGGAAUAUUAUAUGCAAUGAAAUAUGUAAGUCGAGGAGCUUGUGAGAGCCGUGGAGCAUUGGGUGGUGUCAUCAAAGAGGUAGAUCUGCUGUCAUCCUUGGAGCAUCCUUUCUUAGUAAAUUUAUGGUUUUCUUUUCAAGAUGAAGAGGACUUAUUUAUGGUGUGUGACUUGCUCACCGGAGGAGAUCUUAGAUAUCAUCUUCAACAAAGGGUUGAGUUUUCUGAGGAGAGUGUUGCCUUAUUAGUAUGUGAACUAGGUUCAGCAUUAGAAUACCUUCAAAAACAGAGAGUAGUACAUAGGGAUAUAAAACCAGACAAUAUUCUCCUGGAUGAUGCUGGUCACGCACAUUUGACUGAUUUUAACAUAGCGACGAGACUGCAAAAGGAUGGAAUGGCCUGUAGUAUGUCAGGGACCAAACCCUAUAUGGCGCCUGAAGUCUUUAUGUGUGCAUUGGAUGAAAUCGCUGGUUACAGUUUUCCGGUCGAUUGGUGGUCAUUGGGUGUUGUGGCUUUCGAAAUGAGAUCCGGCUCCAGGCCCUUCAUCGUCCACUCAAAUACACCACUUACUGAAGUAAAAAAUAUCCUGCAUAGUCCACUCCAUUAUCCGAGGCAUUGGAAUAGCAGUUUAGUCGACCUGCUUACUAAGCUUCUCUGCGUUCAUCCAGGUGGUCGUAUAAGUUCUCAACAAGAACUCCAGCAAACGCCAUUGCUACGGCAAAUCGACUUCAAGAAAAUUUUGGAAAAGAAAGCCAAACCACCUUUCAAACCACCCGAAGACCAUCUCAAUUGCGAUCCCUGUUUGGAGUUAGAAGAAAUGAUUGUCGAAACUCGACCCUUGCAUAAAAAGAAGAAACGUUUAGCAAAGCAGCGAUCAGCUCAGCGAGAUAGUGAUCCAGAAACAAUUUUAGUUAAAGAAUUCAUAGUCUACAAUCGUUAUAAGGAAUUAAAACGAAAAGCAAUGGAGAAAAAAGAAAACGACUGGCAAAAAGAACUUGAGCUAGCAAUGGCCAAUUCUAUCGUAAAUAGUUUAGCACCAAUUAAAGAACGUGAAGUACCGUGUUGUUCUAAAGAACACUCUGAAAGUAUAGAUUAUAUUGAUAGGACACCCUCUCCAAAAACUUCAUCAAAUCCAUGAAUCAAAGUAGUUUUCUUUUUACCUAUUUAUAAUAAAAAAUUAGAUUAAAUUGCACUUAGAUUUGUAAAAAUGGACCACGAAUAAUUAAAAGAAAAAUAAAUAAGAAUUAAGUAUUAAGUUUAAAUAUAAAAUCAAUGUUAUAGAAAACCAAUUUGUAAAGUUAAAAUAAGUUUAUAGAUAUAAAUCAAAAUUCUGUUUUGUUUUUUAUUUAUUGGGGUUUUCAGGGAACAGGAU